UCAAGAUCCACCUAUUCACCCCCUCUGGACUAAUCGUGUUCACCUGUUCUCAUGUCCCGUUUGCUCUGUUGUGGAUCUCUGGUUUUGGACUGUUUUUGGAUUUCCCCCUUUGUAAAACUGGCCUCAUCUGUGAGCAUCUGGUCCAGCCAACAGACAUUACACAGACUCCUACCCUCACAUGGGGCACUACACGUGAAAGUGUCUACCUUGGAUGGCUCUCUUCUCAACUGCUCAAUGAACUGCAACAGGCUGCUCUCACCGACCGGCAAGACGAAGCACAUUUAUCUCGACCAAGUCCAAUCAGGAAAUCCUCAGCAGGCUGUAAGAAGAUACAGAAAGAUUUUGCAGCAGUACAAGAGGGGGAAAAAUCUUCAUGCUGCCUACAAGGCCGUUGGUGUAGAUAGAAACACUGUAGUGGCCAAUGCUCCCAUUGCAGAGCUUGCUAUUGUGGCACCUCAAGAGUACAGUAAGCUGUUGGAAAGUUACUCACGACAAGAGAAAUUGCAAGUGUUUGCAAAGAAGUGCAUGGAUAUUUUAAACAAUGAUGUACAGCUGUUGACCACUGUGGAAAUGUACAAAAAGAAAAACAAAUUUUUACCUUUAAUGAAAAGAAAAUAAGA